AAGACUUAACAAGGAAAAUUAGAAAAUAUUUGUAAUAAAAUAAAAAUGAAAAGACUGUUUGCCAAGAUUUGUUGCAUGAAGCUGAAGCUGCUCAAGGGAGUUAAAUACAGUGUGGAGUCUUGAAUAAGGUAUAAAAACAAAUAAUGGACAUGCAUAUAAUUUUGUGAAACCUGACUUAAUGUUCUGAUGAAAAAGUUGGAAUCUAGGGAGUUCCCUAUUGCCCCAGUGGUUAAGAUUCAGUGCUUUUGCUGUCAGACUGGAGUUCCAUCCUUGUUCUGGAAACUAAGAUCCUACAAGCUGCAUGGCGCAGCAAAAAAAAAGAAGUUGAAAUCUAGAAUCCAUUUUCUCUCUUGACAGAGAUUUCACAGAAAAGAUUAGGCUUAUUGUGUUUUAUUAGCUCUGUAAGUAAUUAUGAGACUAAUCAUUUAGAAUACUAAUAGUAAAAAUUUAUUUAAAUUUUAAUUUAUUAAAAAUUUUGUCUUGAGAUACUUUUGUUUAAAAUUAUUUUACAAGCACCUUUUCACACUUCAUACUUGGAGAAAAAGCACACUACUAUCAAUUGUUUACUUUUCAGAGAUAAGCUUUAAAGGCCUGUUGUGAAUAGGAAUUUUCCUUAAUUGUAUUGAAGACUUCGGUGCCUUCUGAAACAGGAUAUCAGUCAUCACAACAAAAAUAAUCUGUUAAUAAUUGAAUUGGUUCCUCAUGAGUAGGUCAGAAAUUAGAAACUUUUAAUAAUAAUAACAAUGUUAAUAAUAAUGUUCUUUUAGAAAUAACUGCUCUUAAUACUUUGGACACUUCUAUUUUAUUUUAUUUAAUUAAUUUAUUUUUUGGUAGGGGAGUUCUUAUGUUUUCUAAAUUAGCAUGAGGGGCUAUGUUUCACACUCCAGAAGAUACCCUGCCACACCCCUACCCCCACCACCGGCUUCUGAGAAAAUUGAAACUUGAGCUCAGUUGAGUUGUUUGUUGGAUCAAAAAGAGUUACAGAUUCUAUCCUUAAAAACCCAUCAAAAUGAGGGGAAGUCAGUCUUUUAAAUAUUUGGAUUAAUCUGGAGGCAAAGGCAGAGACUGAGUGAUUGCCUGCAGGGCUCUCUGUGGAGGCUGAUUAAAACCUGUUUGCCUACUUCCCAGAAAUACUUUUUACUUCAGUUUGGUUUUGAAUUCUUGCCACCAAAAACAUGAUUAAGACUUUUACAUUUUUUCUAUUAAACAUCUCUUAAUCAUAUUCUGAAAACUGCGAUUAUUUUCAGGGUUAUCUAAUUCAGUAGAACAAUUAUUCAUUUCAUACAAUAAGGGUUCAGUCAUACAGAGUCACAGAAUGCUUGUUUUGAACUUUUUUUUAUUUGUUCUUGCUAAUUCCACUCCCUCUUGUCUCUCCUUUCCAGAAUCCUAUUCUAUGAACUCAGACACUCAGGUAUCCUCCAUAGUAUUGGGACCUACAUCUUCUGUUCAGAUACCUGUUCCAGAUGAAGAUGCUUUUGGAGACCAUGGGGACUCUGCCAGUCUUGGUGCCGUCAACCCUGCCUACAGUAACUCCUCAAUUCCUCAGUCCUCCGGGGGGCUCUCAGAGGAGCCCUUCACCACCUACCUGGAUGAGAAUCAUGACGUUCCUGAGGAGUACUCUUGUUUUAGCUUUCGUAAACUCUGGGUCUUCACAGGACCAGGACUUCUUAUGAGCAUUGUGGAUCCAGGAAACAUUGAAUGUGAUUUGCAGUCUGGAGCACUGGCUGGUUUUAAGCUGCUGUGGGUUCUGCUUUUGGCCACCAUCAUCGGGGUCCUGUUCCAAACGCUUGCAGCUAGGCUGGGAGUGGUCACCGGACUUCAUCUUGCUGAAGUGUGUUACCGUCAGUAUCCUAGGUUUCCACGAAUCCUUCUGUGGCUGAUGGUGGAGUUGGCUAUCAUUGGUGUAGAUAUGCAAGACGUUAUUGGCUCAGCUAUUGCCAUUAAUCUCCUGUCUGCAGGAAGGAUUCCACUAUGGGGUGGAGUUCUCAUCACCAUUGCAGAUACAUUUGCAUUUCUCUUUUUGGACAACUAUGGUUUGCGAAAGCUAGAAGCAUUUUUUGGUUUUAUCAUCACUGUUAUGGCCCUCACAUUUGGCUAUGAGUGUGUUACAGUGAAACCCAGCCAGACCCAAAUCCUCAAAGGCAUGUUCCUGCCAUCCUGUUCAGACUGUCAUACCCCGCAGAUCAUGCAGGCUGUGGCCAUUGUGGGCGCCAUUAUCACGCCACACAAUAUAUACCUGCAUUCUGCCUUAGUCAAGUCCAGACAUAUAGACCGAGCCAAAAGGCAGGAAGUUCGAGAAGCCAAUAAGUACUUCUUCACUGACUGCUGCGUUGCUCUCUUUGUUUCCUUUAUCAUCAACACCUGUGUCAUCUCAGUGUUUGCUGAAGCAUUUUUUGAGAAAACCAACGAGCAGGUGGUUGCGGUCUGUAAAACCAGCAGCAGUCCCCAUACUCACCUUUUCCCAGAGGAUAACUCAACACUGGCUGUGGACAUUUACAAAGGGGGUGUUGUGCUGGGGUGUUACUUCGGGCCUGCCGCUCUCUACAUCUGGGCCGUGGGGAUCCUGGCUGCGGGGCAGAGCUCCACCAUGACAGGGACCUACUCCGGCCAGUUUGUCAUGGAGGGAUUCCUGAACCUAAAAUGGUCACGCUUUGCCCGAGUGAUUCUGACCCGCUCUAUUGCCAUCAUCCCCACUCUGCUUGUGGCCGUCUUCCAAGAUGUGGAGCAUCUCACAGGGUUGAAUGACAUCCUGAAUGUUCUUCAGAGCUUACAACUUCCCUUUGCCCUCAUACCCAUCCUGACAUAUACGAGCUUUCGACCAGUCAUGAGCGAAUUUGCCAAUGGACUAGGCUUGAGGAUCGUGGGCGGUAUCAUGGUCCUUAUCAUCUGUUCCAUCAACAUGUACUUCGUCGUGGUUUAUGUCCAGGAUGUAGGGCAUAUGGUAUUGUAUGUGGUGGCUGCAGUGGUCAGCGUAGCUUAUCUGAGCUUUGUGUUUUACUUGGGUUGGCAGUGUCUCGUUGCACUGGGCAUGUCCUUCCUGGACUCUGGACACACACGCUUCCUGACCAGGGAUUGCACCUGGGCCCGUGGCAGUGAAAGUCUCGAAUCGAAACCACUAAGCCACCAGGGAACUCCUUAUUUGGGUUUAAUUUCUGAACUAAGUACCAUCUGGAAUUGACAGUUCAACCUGAAUUCUUACCUUCUGAACCCCAUGGAUGCUGACUCACUUUUAUUUACAUGACUGACAGCCUGAGGGACUAUAUAAGACCCACUUUCUCUUAGUCCUUUUGUGUCAAGUGUCCUGUUAACAUAUCCCUAUUUGUUCGGUCGUGAGUUUUGUUCAGAUAUUUUGAACUAAAGGUAAAGAUUUCCUCAUAGGGUAGAUUUCCUCACAGUGUUAAAGCUGACAGCUGUUAAGGGUAGGUCAGAGACCCGCCCAUCUCACAACAGGCCUACAACUGCCAGAGUUAAAUGAUUAGCCUAUGAUGGCCACACACCCCUAUGGGCUUGUGUCUGGACUUCUGGAAUUUUAAAAGUAUGUAUGUGUUAUGUUUGUGUAAACCUGAACAUACUCCUUUGGGUAGAGUUUUAUAUAGAAAUGAUAUUUUGUAAUUUUUUUUUUUUAAAGAAUGUUGUUUCAGAUAAACCAGAUAUUUUGUUUGAAUCACAAGUGACAAAGGAGUAAGAGCACUGUUCUUUUUCAGAAUGAGCUGGUCAAAUUGACUUGACUUUUAAAGUGAUACUUGACUGUGGCCAGUUAAACUUGAGUUGGAUUUAAUCGACCUAUCCUUGGUGACUACUGAUACUAGCACAUCAAUUCCAAAGAAAACAUUUCUUUUAUUCGGCAGUUGUAUUUCAUUCUGGUUGCUAGCAUGCUCUGUGAUUAUUAUUUUCUUUCCUGUUGUUUUUCUUGAAUUUUUCUUUAGAGAUAUGAUGGCA